AAAAACUUCAUUGAAAAAAUUUAACUACGUCUUUUUCGUUUUGAAGGUUUUGAACACACAACACCUAUAACGUAUAUAUCAAUAUGGCUGUCGGUAAGAACAAGAGAUUGUCCAAGGGUAAGAAGGGUUUGAAGAAGAAGGUCGUCGACCCAUUCACCAGAAAGGAUUGGUUUGACAUCAAGGCCCCAUCUACCUUCGAAAACAGAAACGUUGGUAAGACCUUGAUCAACAGAUCCACCGGUUUGAAGAACGCCGCCGAUGGUUUGAAGGGUCGUGUUGUCGAAGUAUCCUUGGCUGACUUGCAAGGUUCCGAAGACCACUCCUACAGAAAGAUUAAAUUGAGAGUUGACGAAGUCCAAGGUAAGAACUUAUUGACCAACUUCCACGGUUUGGACUUCACUUCCGACAAGUUAAGAUCCUUGGUCAGAAAGUGGCAAUCUUUGGUUGAAGCCAACGUCACCGUCAAGACCUCUGACGACUACGUCUUGAGAGUCUUCGCCAUUGCCUUCACCAAGAGACAAGCCAACCAAAUCAAGAAGACUACCUACGCUCAAUCCUCCAAGUUGAGAGAAGUCAGAAAGAAGAUGAUCGAAAUCAUGCAAAGAGAAGUUUCCAACGUCACCUUGGCUCAAUUAACCUCCAAGUUGAUCCCAGAAGUCAUUGGCCGUGAAAUUGAAAAGUCCACUCAAACCAUCUUCCCAUUGCAAAAUGUCCACAUCAGAAAGGUUAAGUUGUUAAAACAACCUAAGUUCGACUUGGGUGCUUUGUUGGCCUUGCACGGUGAAGGUUCCACCGAAGAAAAGGGUAAGAAGGUCAACGCCGGCUUCAAGGAUGUUGUUUUAGAAUCUGUUUAAGUCCGCUAGUGAUUUUACUUCUCAAUUGUAUUUUGUUAGACUUGAUCAAGAGAGGGAUACAAGUAGACUUUUUAUUAAUUAUAAAAUAGCAUGUUAAAUAUAAAACAAAUUUCAAUAUAAACUAAUUUACUAG